AUGGAUAGAAAAAAUAUUAUCGAACAAAAAACCCCUGCAGAAAUAAGAACUUACCAUCUCCAUCAUGAUAUCAUACACCAAUUAAUUCCCAGCCUACAUAACCAAAUUUGGAUUGAACCGUACGCUAGAGACGACAGUUGUCAAAUCUGCGCUGGUCAACCAACAAACAAUUUGGAUGAAGGGGCACAUUAUAAAGUUCUCAAAGCCUUAGAGGACCAUGGGAUAUUAAUACCAUCGUAUCGAACAUAUGCUAAAUUCAGUAAAGCUAGUCUUCCUGCAACAGGAGGACGAAGAACUGAGCUUAUCCGAAAAAUGCUUUACGAUUGCCGAUAUACUAAAUACCCCACUAGUUGGGAUAAUUUAGUAAAAUAUAUCAGCCAAUUGUUAAACGGACAGAUUUGCGCUCCACCUACGGAUGCUUAUCUUCCUGAUUUGGAGGACAAAGAAAAACAAGCAAUAUUCAAGAGUACCAUUGACUUAUUGCAAAUCUCGUAUAAUAGCGAUUUACCGCAUGAAUAUCAAGCGAUAGAGGAAAGCGAUGAAGAUGAAGCCUAUGAACAAGAGUAUGUUGAAAGUAUCGAAGCUGAAAAUGAAACGACUGAAUUAGUCGAAUCACAGCCGAGAAAAAUCGACGCACAAAUCUCUAGGGAAAUAGACGAAUUUCGUUCAAUUCCCGUUUCGGCUACUCCAAAAAUCGUACCUCAAGAAACAUCUAAUAAUAAUAUUGUUUCGACCGCAUUACAUGCAUGGCAAAAUUUCGAUGGUACAAAAACACCUUCUCCUGAAGAAAUUGCUCAAACAGUAAGGACGAUGGCUGGACAGAACAAGCAAAGAGUAGACUUGGUUAAUCCAAUGUUUACGCUAGCAAAUACGGACUAUGAAGGAGAUAAUUCUCUGACAUACGUAAUAAAUGCUCCUACUAUACGGAUAGAGGAAAAUGAUACCGUAAGCUUUUCUGUUCUGAGUACGCCUACUCCAAAAACUGAUGCAUCCAAAAGAAUACCAAUACCUACUCUAGCAUUGGAUUCGUCUCCUCAUGAUUCGAAUACAUCCGAUCCUAUGAGUGUGUUUAAUGAUAAUGUCCAGGACCAACCAUUAAUUCAGCAAGAAAAUACGGAAGAAUCUGUAAAAGAAUUGGAAUUGCAACAACGGGUACAAGGCGGGCAAAACGUUAUAAAUAAGCCCUAUCCCCCAACAACUGAAUAUUAUUCAAGCUCGGGUGAAAAGGAAUAUAUUCCAAAUAUUUACUCAAGCAAUCCGCAAGAAACCUUUACUCAAACAAUCGACGCCUACCCAUUAACUACUGUUGUAGUAUACCCCGAACCAAUUCCAAACCCUCCUGUCCAAAGCUCUUCUAUUCAAACUUUUCUGAAAAGCUCCACAAUGGGUGAAGAUACUCAACACAUUAUGAACGCCAUGAAACAGCUAACUGAAAGCUUGACAAAAGGGUUGAAAGACCUAAAAAUUGAAGCACCAACGAUCUCGUUGGAACAAACAGUUAAGCCGUAUGAUAUGGAGUUCAUCGAAGGAGUAACGAACCCUCGGAAAUUUGUCCAGGAUUUAGAAAGAAAGUUUGAUGCUAACGGAGUAACGGAUGACACUCGAAAACUGAGGAUUUUUAGAUCUUUAAUUCCGCCUCAAGUGUUAGAAUGGCUUAAUACCAAAAUAACAAACAAAAGUAUUCGAUUUUGGAAUGAUACGAAUUAUCUCAAUUAUUCCUUGAAACCGCAAUUCAUUAAGAAAUACGUAACUCCAAAAUUAAAGAGACAAUUGUAUGAUCAAUACAAUAAAUUCUUUAUGGAAAGAAAUGAAUCGGUUGCUGAACACUAUAGGAGGCUAAAAGAUUUAUGGUCCGAUUUAAAUAAUACGCCGACAGAUGAAGGUGGAAAAAUGGAUAAAUUUAUCCAAGGCUUACCCGAUAGUACGAAAGGAGCUAUCUAUCAACAGGGAGAGCCUCAAACCCUUCAAGAUGCGUAUACAAGAGCCCAAAACGCUGAAUUGGCAAGAAUGUAUGACUCCAGAGAUGAUGGUAAAGAAACAAAACGAGCUAUGGUAGCAAUGACCGAACAGCUCAAAGAAUUACAACAAACAAUUACCUCUGUCGGUAAUACUCAAGUCCUAAUGACUGGGAGAGCUCCAGUUGAUAACCAAGGACGUCCCAGAAGAAACUUCAAUGCAGGAAGAAAAAGUUUCAAUAAUAGAAACUUUAACAAUCAAAGAAAUUUUAAUAAUCAAAGAAAUUUCGAUAAUCAAAGAAACCCGCCAAGGAUGAAUUGUCAUCGAUGCGGAAGAAACGGCCACCUUGCUAAAGAUUGCAGAAUAGGCAAAUGUUAUAAUUGUGGGGUGGGAGAGCAAGGUAGUGAACCUCUACUAUUCAAGAUUCAGGGACGUGACGCUAUGCGAAGCGGACCCUUAGAACUGAUGGCAGAGGUAGGAGGUGUGGUGCGAAAUGUGGUUAUUGAUACAGGCGCUGAAGUCAACGUGAUUGCACAAGACUUUGUAUGGCAAAACGCCUGGAAAGAAAAAGUAAAAGUGCAUAAAGAAAAAAUCCUAGGUAUCUCAAAUACGCCCAUAGUAACAGACGGAAAAUUGGAAUUGGAUGUUAGUAUACAAGGAGCGACCGUUACGGUUACGUUUCUUGUAAUUCCUAUAACCAAUGUCUUUGCUAUAUUGGGAAUUGACUUUGCUCAAAAACACGAAGUUAGGCUCGAAUUUAAGCCUAAAAAUCCGAGAAUGAUAUGGCGUCCUAAUGGACAAGGAAAACUACGGGAAAAAAACAAGCGGACCGAAAAACCGCUAGAAUUAUCAAGAAAUUCUCCGAAAGUUAUGACAAAAACUCCGAAAAAACUUCAAGUCCAAGGAGAAGCUCAGAUGAGCUAUCCGAAACGAAAAUAUCCAUGGCAUGAAAAAUGGCAUUAUCCUGAUUGUGCUAAUCCCGUCGGCGAAGAUAACGAUUGUCCUCAUUGCAUGGUAUUCAGAAUUCUUGAUCAAAGAGUUAUUGAUGCCAAAGAGCAAGAACGUAUGGAAAAAUGGGAUAAACACGCUAACGGAUGGCAACAAUAUCAGUGUAAAAAUGCUACGAUUGAUAAAGUAUAUGAUAAAUAUUAUAAUCCCAAAUCUGAGAUUAUUAAUAGAAGCAUGUACAGAAAAGCCGUUCUAAAAUUUAAUAGAACAUUAAAAGCCUGGAUAAAAGAAGUUGAUGAUUAUUGGACUCAAGUCAAUAACCAUAACGAUUUAAUGGACAUUGACCAGGAAAAAACUAUAAAAGAAGCCGACCUGAAUGACCUCUCCAUACAAACUGAUCAAAAAGAAAUUCUCCAAGACAUGGAUAUUGAUCAAAAUAAUUCUAUAAUUAUCCAAAUUGAAGGAGUUGCUAUAACUCUAUCAUGGGAUGAUAAAGGAAUUACCUUUGAUAAUAACAGACAUGAAUGGCCAGAAGUUAAACGAUGGCAGGUUAAAAUUGGGAGAAGAAAUACAAGUCCUAUAAGAUUCCGUCACUGGAAAGGACCUUUCGCUACUUGUUGGUGCAUCUUGAAUGAAAGUUCUCGACAUAAAAUUCUUGAUGAUAACCAGGAAUGUAGUGAAUGCGAAUACUGGAUAACAGUAAUUCAUUCUCUCUCUAAAUUACCUGACAACGUACGAAAGCCAUUAAAUGAAAGUAAAAAAUUAUAUCCAUGGUAUAAACCUCUCGAAAAAACUGAAAGACUAAGAGCAUGGCAAUGCCCUAAUCUAACAGAAAAAUUCGAAGUCCAAACACUUUCCAAAAGCGCGAUAAUUCCUUAUAAAGCUUAUGCAAAAGAUGCAGCAUGGGAUAUCUAUGCAGCUGAAGAUUGCAAGCCUAAUGAAUAUGGUGUAGUGGUAGUCCCUACUCAUAUAAAAAUUAGAUAUGCUAAAGGACACUAUGGUCAAUUAAAGACUAAGUCGUCUCAAGCAUUAAAAGGAAUAUCCGUUUUAGGUGGAAUAUUGGAUGAGGGUUAUGAAGGAGAAAUUAAAGUAAUUUUACAAAAACCUGGCGAUGAUAAAUUUGAAGUCAAAAAAGGAGAAAAAGUAGCUCAAAUAAUAAUUUAUGAGCAAGUUGAUAAACCAACAGAAGAGGCUUCACACGAAAAAAGAGGAAUUAAAGGAUUUGGUUCAUCUGGCAAAUGGGCUAAAAACCUUAAAACCUCAGACAAACAUGAAGAGCGCCUAAAGAAAACCUUUAAUAUUGUCAAAUCCCAAGGCAAAGAAAUUAAUGACGAGCAAAAGGCACAACUGUCCAAAUUGUUAGCCAAAUAUGCUUCUACAUUCGUGGAAAAUUCCAAUGACAUACAUACAACUGUCGAAGGAUUCCAUCAUUAUAUUAAGCUAACGGAUGAUACUCCUAUCUGUGAAGCUAAUAGACAUAUGUCUCCGAUUAAGAAAGCUUUUCUUAAAGAGGAGCUAGAAAAAAUGAAAGAAAAAGGAUUCAUUCUGAGCGACGGAGGUUAUAAAACAUCUCCGCGAAUUAUCGAAGCAAUCCAGAAAUUUCCCGAACCAAAAUUAAACCAACCAGUUCCGUUACAAACGCUACAAAUCUAUCUAGGGUUAUGUAAUUUUUAUCGAAAAUUCAUAAAAAAUUACAACGAAAUAUACGACCCUAUGAACGAAUUACUUCCGCAACAAAUUAAGGUCGUAAAACCUUAUGUUGGGGAAAAUAAAAGGAAAAAAUGGGAAAUUACGUUCAAAAAUAAUCCAAGAAUAUGGACAGAACGCCAAAGCGUAGCAUUUAACAAAAUGAAAGAAGCGUUCCAAAAAACCCUGGAAGAGGGCGGAACACGACUAGCAUAUCCAAUACCAGGCCGAAUCGUAAAAGAAGCUAUCAAAGAAUGGUUUCGACCCUACGUGUGGGGACAACAUUUCAAAAUCUAUACCGACCAUCAACCACUUCUAAGCGCAUUUCGAAAUCGAGAUAUUGAUGGUAGACUUGGUGGUUGGAUAAACGAACUAUCCGAGUUUACUUUCACAUUGGUACAUCAGCCCGGCAAGAAAAAUUAUCUUGCGGAUGUGUUAUCUCGCAUCCCCCCACAAAACGCACACGACGACGAAGAAUACGUACACAUAAUGCUACUACAAUUCAAAAUUAGUGAUACUGAGUUUCAAAUGAAAGCGAUAAUUAUUAAAUUACCCAAGGCCUUCAGUGGCGUAGCUCAUGAGUACUUCUUUGAAAUAUGGAAGGGCAACAGCAACCCUCAAACAAACUAA